AUGCCAACUCGAAAACGAUCAUCGAGUUCAUCAUCAUCCGAUGCAUCUCCAGCACAUCGUUCGUCACAUCGAUCAACUAGUGAACGAGAUAAAAAACGUUCGCGACGUUCAUCUAGUCGAGAUAAGCGUAAACGCGAUGGAAAAUCAUCAAAAAAACAUUCAAAAAAGAGUAGUAAAUCUCAUCGAUCAAAAUCUCCGGCUCGAGAAAAUUCAUCUACAACUGAUAAAGAACGUAAAGUAUCUCAAACUUCUACCAGUCAAACAACACCUGUGACAGUAAUUUCUAACGAACCACUUGAUAAAGAAGCUGAACAACGACGUCUUGAAGAUGAAAUGCAAAAACGUAAAAAUCGUAUCGAACAAUGGCGUGCAGAACGUCGAACAAUGCUUGGCAUAGAUAAAGCUAUGCAACAAUCAAUUGCACAAGCUGCAAAAGGUAAAGCUUGGUCACUAGAAGACGAAGGUGAUGAAGAAGAAGAAGAUUUACAAAAUGCUGUUAUAUCAUCAUCUGAUCUAAAACGUGAAAUUGCUUCAGCACGUGAAACAGCAAUGGCUUUACAAACAGAUAAACACCGAGAAGCUAUGGAACGUGCUGCAGAAGUAGCUGCACUUGCAUCAGCCGCUGUUGCUCAUAGUGAAAAAGUAGCAGCAGAAGCUGAUGAUGAUGAAGACGACCCUUUAGAUAAAUUUAUGGAAGAUAUUGCAAAAGAAGUUAAAAGUUUUCGUGGAACUAAUAAUACUGGUAUUAUAUCAAAAAAAAUAAAUGGAAAUAAUCCAACAACAACAACUAUAGUUAAACAAGAACAAUCAACAAAUAAUGCUAAAGCAUCAGUUAUUAAAAUCGUUACAAAAACAGUUAAAAAUGAACCAGUUGAAUCAUCUGCUGUUUCAGCUAAUCCAUCAAACAAUGGUAUCGAAACACCAAUAAAUGGUCAUCAUACUAAUUCGACAACAGUUAAAACUGUAUCAAUGGAUACUGAUGCAGGUGCAUCACGUGUUAGUGUUCGUAGUGGUGUAGCAAAACGUGCAAAAGACAAAGGUCUUAUUAUGGAACAAGAUAUUGAUGGUUUAGAAUAUUCAUCAGAAGAAGAUACGGCAAAACAAACUGAAGAGCUCGAUGAUAUAUUUGCUAUGAGUACAAAAAAAUCGAAAGCAGAAAUGAUUACAACUAAUCAUGAAAAAAUAUAUUAUCGUCCAUUUCGUAAAGAUUUCUAUACAGUUGUACCGGAAAUAGCUAGUAUGACUGAUCUAGAAGUUGCUGCUUAUCGAGAGGAACUUGAUGGUAUUAAAAUAAAUGGUAAAAAAUGUCCGAGACCAAUAAAAACUUGGUCACAAUGUAUAACAUCUGAUAGAAUUUUACAAAUUUUAAGAAAAGCUGAUUAUGAAAAACCUACAGCUAUUCAAGCUCAAGCAUUACCAAUUAUUCUUUCAGGUAGAAAUAUGAUUGGUAUUGCUAAAACAGGAAGUGGAAAAACAUUAGCAUUUGUUCUACCAAUCUUUCGUCAUAUCAAAGAUCAACCACCAUUAGAAGGUGAUGAUGGUCCAAUAGUUCUUAUUAUGACACCAACACGAGAAUUAGCAUUACAAACAACAAAGGAAUGUAAAAAAUUUGGGAAAUUAUUUAAUAUUCGUUGUGUAGCAGUUUAUGGUGGAACAGGAAUAUCAGAACAAAUUGCUGAACUUAAACGUGGUGCAGAAAUUAUUGUAUGUACACCUGGACGAAUGAUUGAUAUGCUUGCUGCUAAUGGCGGUAAAGUAACAAAUGUUCGACGAGUUACAUAUGUUGUUGUGGAUGAAGCAGAUCGAAUGUUUGAUAUGGGUUUUGAACCACAAGUAGCAAAAAUUCUUGAAAGUGUUCGACCUGAUCGUCAAACAGUUAUGUUUUCUGCGACAUUUCCUAAACAAAUGGAAGCAUUAGCACGAAAAUUUCUUCAUAAACCUAUUGAAGUUACUGUUGGUGGUCGAAGUAUUGUUUGUAAAGAUGUUGUACAAAAUGUUAUUAUUCUUGAUGAUGACCAAAAAUAUUUAAAAUUACUUGAAUUACUUGGUAUAUAUCAACCACUAGGUUCUGUUAUUGUUUUUGUUGAUAAACAAGAACAUUGUGAUGAAUUAAUGAAAAAUUUAUUAAGAAAUUCAUAUCCAUGCAUGUCAUUACAUGGUGGAAUUGAUCAAUAUGAUCGAGAUUCAACAAUGGUAGAUUUUAAAAGUGGUGAUAUGCCAUUAAUGAUUGCAACAUCUGUUGCUUCACGAGGUUUAGAUGUAAAAGAUUUAAUUCUUGUUGUUAAUUAUGAUUGUCCUAAUCAUUAUGAAGAUUAUGUACAUCGAUGUGGACGAACGGGUCGUGCAGGAAAUGUUGGAUAUGCGUAUACAUUUUUGACACCUGAACAAGAAAAAUAUGCUGGUGAUGUAAGACGAGCAUUAGAAGCGUCUGGUACACCUAUACCAGAAGAAUUGGAAUUAUUAUGGCAAAAUUAUGUUAAAAAAAUGGAAGCUAUGGGAAAGAAAGUUAAAAGUGGUGGUGGUUUUAGUGGCCAUGGAUAUAAAUUUGAUACUUCAGAAACACAAUUAAAAGAUGAACAAAAGAAAAUGCAAAAAGUUGUUAUGGGUUUAGGAGAUUCGGAUGAAGAUGAAGAAAGCCAAGAUAUCGAUCAACAAAUUAAUUCAUUAUUUAAGGCUAAAAAAUCAAUUAAAGCUAAAGGCGAUGGACAAGUUUUACCAAACGCAUCAACUGCACAAAAUGAUGAAGGUGCCAAUUCAGCUGCUGCAAAUGAUGCAGCAUCAAAACUAGAAUUAGCUAAAAAAGCAGCAGCUCGACUUACAUUCACCAAAUCUGAAACUCGAGAUUCUAUACAAGAAGCGGCAACUUCAUUGUUUCAACGCGGUGGUACAUUAAAUAAAGCUGUUUCUAGUCGUAUUGUCGCUCAACAACGAGCUGGUGAAUUAAAUCAAAAAUUAAAUUAUCAAAAACCAGAAGAAGAAGCUCAAGUUACAGAAGAUGCAUUCAAAGUAUUUGAAGAAGAAUUAGAAAUCAAUGAUUUUCCACAAAAUGCAAGAUGGAAAGUUACUAGUAAAGAGACAUUGGCACAUAUAUGUGAUUAUGCUGAUGUUGGCAUGUCUGUACGUGGUCAGUAUUAUCCAAAUAAUAAAGAAGUUGCAGCGGGUGAUAGAAAACUCUUCUUACAAAUUGAAUCUUUAACUGAACGUGGUCUUCAAUUAGCAAAAACAGAAGUUGCUCGAUUAAUUAAAGAAGAAAUGAUGAAAAUGCAAAAUCCAGCAUUGCAACUUGUUAAUCGUGGUCGAUAUAAAGUCAUUUAA